GCAAGAGUUCAACCUGGACCGUUUCUACAAGAAACUAUCAGCUCUAAAUUCAAACUGACAUGCUUAUCCACUUUCGCUGACACACGUGAAAUCCAACUUAUUGUCAUUGGAGGAAACUUCCCCCAGUAAUGACAAUGUUGGGGAUGUACGUGCCAGACAGAUUUUCCCUGAAAUCGUCAAAGGUCCAGGAUGGAAUCGGUCUGUACACGGCGAGGCGGGUGAAAAAGGGAGAAAAGUUUGGCCCCUUUGCAGGCGAGAGAAAGCUGCCCAAUGAGCUGGAUGAAAGCUCGGACACCAGGCUCAUGUGGGAGGUGCGUGGCAGUAAAGGAGACGUGCUGUAUAUUCUGGAUGCGAGUAACCCACGGCAUGCCAACUGGCUGCGGUUUGUCCAUCAGGCGCCGUCACAGGAGCAGAAGAACUUGGCAGCCAUACAGGAUGGAGAGAACAUCUUUUACCUGGCUGUGGAUGACAUUGAGACGGACACAGAGCUCCUGAUUGGCUACCUGGACAGUGAUAUGGAGGAGGAAGAGGAGGAGGAAGAGGAAGAAGAUGUCAAGGAUGAGGAUGAAAACAGUAAAGAUGCUAAGCACCUUGUUAAAAUGGAGCUGGUCAUAAAGAAGGAGGACCACCCGUGCCUGCUGUGUGAGAGCAGUUUUCCCAGUGAGGAGAUCCUGGCGGCCCACCUUCAGAGUCUACACCAGAGACCCAGCACGGAGGAGAAAGAGUUCAAAUGUAGAAACUGUGGCAAGAAGUUUCCCAUCAAACAGGCUCUGCAGCGCCAUGUUUUGCAUUGUUCUGAGUCACUGGAUCCAUCAGGCGACUCUAAGGCGCACCAGUGCUCGCUCUGCCACAACACAUUCAGCUCUGAAUCCAGUUUCGAGCAGCACAAAGAAGCGUGUAAAGGAGACGCCCGGUUCAUCUGUAAAGCUGAGAGCUGUGGCAAAAGAUUCAAGAGCAAGGACGCUCUGAAGAAGCAUAAAGGAAACGUUCAUACAGGGAGUGCACGCCGGAAACUGACGUGCAACAUAUGUAACAGAAAAUGCUCCUCCUCUCUGAAUCUACAGCAGCACAGAAAGGUACAUGAAAUCUUUGAAUGCCAUGCGUGUGACAAGAAGUUCAUUUCUACAAAUCAGCUGAAACGCCACAUGAUCACACACUCAGAAAAGCGGCCGUACACCUGUGAGAUCUGCAGCCGCUCCUUCAAGCGUCUGGACCAGGUGACGGCUCAUAAGAUCAUCCACAGCGAGGACAAACCGUAUAAAUGUAAACUGUGUGGGAAAGAGUUUGCUCACCGCAACGUCUACAAGAAUCACAAGAAGACCCACUCUGAGGAGAGACCCUUCCAGUGUGAGGAGUGCAAAGCUUUGUUUCGCACCCCCUUUUCUCUGCAGCGUCACCUUCUCAUCCACAACAGUGAGAGGACAUUCAAGUGCGACCAGUGCGACGCCACCUUCAAGAGGAAGGACACGCUCAACGUGCACAUACAGGUGGUGCAUGAUGGCCAUAAGAAGUACAAGUGCGACCUGUGUGAGAAGGCCUUUGUCACGCCGUCUGUCCUCAAGAGCCACAAGAAGACUCACACAGGGGAGAAGGAGAAGAUCUGCCCGUACUGCGGACAGAAGUUUGCCAGCAACGGCACGCUGAGGGUCCACAUCCGCAGCCACACAGGUGAGCGUCCAUACCAGUGCCCGUACUGUGACAAAGCUUUCAGCAAGAAUGAUGGCCUGAAGAUGCACAUCCGCACGCACACUCGAGAAAAGCCGUAUAAAUGCAGCGAGUGCAACAAAGCCUUCAGCCAGAAACGAGGGCUGGACGAGCACAUGAGGACCCACACGGGAGAGAAACCUUUCCAAUGUGAUGUGUGUGACCUGUCGUUCAGCUUAAAGAAGAUGCUCAGCAGACACAAGCUCACACACAACCCCAACCGUCCGAUGGCAGAGUGCCAGCUGUGCCACAAGAAGUUCACCAGGAACGACUACCUCAAAGUGCACAUGGAGAACGUCCACGGAGAGACGGAGGGUUAGAGCGGCUCACAGGAGCAGACGUUAUCAGAUAAAGUUCAUACAGCCGCCCUGGCCUUUACAUACAGAAUAUGCAGAUGUAUAGAUAGCAGAGACUGGCUUAUUAAAGAUACAUACAUGUGGAAAUGGGAAACAUUUGGGCGAGUAUUUCCUGAUUGAAACAUGGCUGUACAUUUGUAGUGUUUCUUUCGUACUGUAAGAUAUGGUUUUAGAUAUGUUGGAGCAGAGCCGCCGCUGUGUCUGCUCUCUGAAUGUCAGAUGUUUUUCUGCUUUCUUACCAGUUUUACUGUUCAUACUGUUACAUCCUGACCUCUGAUUUUGUUCUGACCAGCCUUUUGAAAACUUUACUGUACAUCUGUGUCUACUGUCCAUGUCUGAAAAGACGCCGUACACCAUGGAUGGAUUCUGGAGCCAUCAGACUCCACUGGUCUCAGAACAAAGAGUCUCUUUUGGUGCAUUUUCAUAUGUGUUACUGGUUCAACUUGACUCAACUCUCAACCAGGCACUUCAUUUUCCUUUACAGAGUAUACUAUAAUAGUAACGCCUCAAUGAAGGGGCAUCAGCAUAGCGUGCAAAACUGCUACUUCCAACACAGCCACAAUGGGGGACAAUGAGGUGAUACUGUACCUGGUUAUCAUUCUGCAGCUUUUUAUUGGCGAGUUUUAUUCCAGAGACUGAGCAAGCAGCAUGAAAAUAUAACGCUGAAAAGUACAGGAGAGUUUGUGAAGUCGUAUAGCAGUGUAAAGUCAACUGGGGUUUGACUCCUGUGUCGGACAUCUCACUUAUGACGCUCCUAGUGGUGAUACUUUGGUUGGUAAUGUCACAUUUUAGGAUGAACUCAGCUUACCUGGAACCACCGGUACCACGUAUGAAUAAAAAAAAAUAUUAGUCAAACAAAUUGAGCCGUAAAAGCACCAUUUGUUGUGUCUAACAUCUCUUUUUAAAGUCUCUUCUUUGUUGUUUGGCAUCUUUAAAUACAUUUCUUUGACUCCAUGUAGCAAUCUUCACUGCAAAAUUCAAAGUGUAUUUUUUAUUUCAAGUCAAAAACAACUCAUUUCACUUAAUUAAAGCAGCAUUUACUCGGUUAGCUAAGGAGAAGAAAGCAUAAAGUCUAAAUGAGUUAUCUCAGAGGUCACCAAUCUGUAGAUCAAGAUCUCCUGGUAGAUCUUUGAGACUUGAUGUGUCCACAUCUAACUUUAAGCUUCCUUCACCCUUCAGUAUGGACAGUUAAUACACUUAUAGAUUGCUGGCAUUGGGCCGGACUUCGUAUCUCCAAAAUCACCAGGGAUUUUAUCAGGGAACAAACAAAAAAACGCUGUAUUUUAAAUUAACACUGAAUGCUGUAAGACCAAACAGUUGUUAAAAAGAAUUCGCUAUUUCAGCUCUAUUUUGCUGAGUUGAUUGAACACGUUUUUAGUUUUAAAUAAACAGUACUCAAUCAUUGUAGGUAUUUUUUGUCAUUGUACUCAAAUAAUUUGACAAGCAUUACCUAAUCUGCAGAAUUAUCACUUUUGCACCAUUAGUGAAGUUACUGACUCAGUUAGAGAAAUCCCACCUGUGGCGCACAACUGAUGGAAGCAGAGUUAAUAUCGUGGACUAAAACUAUGACUAAAACUGUACAUGGACAGCCUUUUUGUCCAUGACAAAAACUAGACUAAGACUAACAAAAAUAGAUGACUAUAAA